AUGGUUCACUUCAUGGCCACUCAACAAUUGAUUCCAGAUUUGGCCAACUCACUACCUACAACAUACACAUUUCAUCCUACUCAUCCAAACAAUCAAGCUGAUGAUCUUACUACACAGCAGCAAACUCCAACAUCUCAACCGCAGUCUUCUACGAAUAUCAAUCAAUCAUCACCAAAUGGGCCCACACGCUCGUCGGGAGUUCAACCAGGCGACUACGAAUCACGGUUACGUUGUCCCCAAUGUGAAACAUGGGUGGUAAAUCUUAGUGAUCAUUUAAGAAAAACACAUAGAAUUGCGUCGCCGAUUGAUCGAAAACCGUUAUUACGUCGAGCGAGAGAAGAAAAACGUCGAAUGGCUGAAUCGAAUAAUCACCAACAACCAAAUACAACUGUUCCACCACCUCGAGCAACACAAACACAAAAUAUUAUCAAUGGUCUUCCUACAAUCAAUCCACACCAGUCGCAUAAUGAAAUUGAAAAUUUAUUAUUUAAACAAGAAAAUGACAAUUCAAUAUUGCAACAUUCAGUUCAACAUCAGUUUGCUUUACCAGAAAAUAUUUUAAACUGUCCACCAAUGAGUGUGACGAAUAUAGCAGGCGGUGGUCAACAACAAUACACAACAAUAAAACGUCGACGUUCGUCUGAAGACGACGAUCAACAUACUCACAAUAACAGUAAUAAUAACACAAAUGGUCUCUUAUUAGGUUUGACAUCAUCAUCUUCGCCAAACAAAAAACAACGAAUGCAAGUUGUUGACGGAAAAAUUCAACAUCAGCAAAAACAAGGAAAAAAAGGACGGAAUAAGAAUAUUAAUAACAUAAAUAGUAAACAACAUCAGUCACAGCAACAACACCAGCAAGAAGAGCCGUCUGACGAUCUAACGAAAGUAAUUCAAAUGUUGACAAAUGAAAUGACUUUUUUAAAUCAACAUUUACAAACAACAUCUGUUUUAUUACAAAAACAAUUGGAUCUAGCAAGAGAUAGUUUACAUGCUUGUUCGGUUCAAUUUGCCCAGAAUGAUUCAACAACAGAUAUAAGUGUUCGAAAACGUAACACAGAAUAUAAACCAAAUUAG